UCCGCGUUCUGAUUGGUUGGAGGGGGGUGGGGAAGGCAGGCGAGCCCGAGGGCUGCAGCCUCUCCCUCCGCUCCGAUGAAUAGCCCAAAGACCAAUAACAACAACUUGCAGGUCCAGCGUUUCCAGUCCCGAGGCUGCUUCUCCGGAACGUGAUCAUCUUUCAUGGUCACCAUCUUGAUUAUAUGUGGAGCCGGACGUAUGUUGUAGCUAUCUUGCUGAUUAUAAGGGGUGGGCUAGAGAGAGAUUGGAUUGAAUAUACAAUUGACGUGGAGAAGGGAGGGGGGGAAAUGCCCCAGGACUUUGGAUUUUGGCGCAGGGGUGUGUGUUUUGUGGGAUUGGUGAUUUACACUUUUGAGGAACAAUGGAGUUUGCACACAAAAUCGGAAUUAUUGGUUUUGAAUUCCGAUUCCUCCGCUUUUGAUGAUCAGUUUCGUAAACAUCUUUUCCAAGGUGCUCGAAGAGGAAGAUCAUGAUUGUCACUGCAUUCGGGCUUUGCUGUCUGUGGUUGCCUGUGCUGCCCUGGCUAUAACAUUUCAACCAUUUAUUGUGAGUGAAAAAUCACAAAGAGAAGCACACGUACCAGAUUGAGUGUGUGUGUGUGUUUCAGUUCACUAACUGUGAAAACAGCUUUAACCAGUUCCAUAGCUUUAAAAAAAGCAUCACACUAUUCAAAGCGGGAGAAACUCUCCACGUGUUCCGUUCACAACCUAGACAGACACGAGGACACCUGUGUUAUGGAGAAACCGUGGAAAUGUGAGGAAUGUGGUAAAGGAUUUGAUUACCCAUCCCUGUUGGAAAACCAUCGACGGAAUCACACUGGAGAGAGGCCUUUUAUUUGCUCUGUGUGUGGAAAAGGAUUUACUCAGUCAUCUGGCCUUUGGUCACACCAGCGGGUUCACACUGAGGAGAAGCUGUUCAGCUGCGGUUCCUGUGGAAAGAGGUUCAGGCAUUCUUCUGCUCUCACUGUGCACCAACGUACUCACAAUGGAGAAAAACCAUUCACCUGUUCGGCAUGUGGGAAGAAAUUUACUCAUUUAUCCACCUUGCAGGCACACCAACGAGUGCACACUGGGGAGAAGCCAUUCACCUGCUCCAAAUGUGGGAAGGAUUUCACUCAGUUAUCCACUCUCCAGAUACACCAACGAGUUCACACUGAGGAGAAGCUGUUUGGCUGCACUUCCUGUGGAAAGAGGUUCAGGCAUUCUUCUGCCCUCACUGUGCACCAACGCACUCACAGUGGAGAGAGGCCGUUCACUUGCACUGAGUGUGGGAAGAAAUUCACUCAGUCCUUUCAUCUUCAGGCACACCAGCGCAUUCAUACGGGCGAGAGACCAUUCUCCUGCUCAGUGUGUGGGAAGGGAUUUAUUGUUUUACCCACCUUGCUGAGACACCAGCGAAUUCACACUGAUGAGAGGCCAUUUAAAUGCCCUAAUUGUGAGAAGGGUUUUAAAAGUUCCCAGGAGCUUACGCUCCAUCAACGUAUUCACACCAAUGAGAGGCCGUUCAGGUGCUCUCACUGUGGGGCUGGAUUCAGGAGAUCAUCUGACCUCAUUCUCCACCAACGCAUUCACACUGGGGAGAGGCCAUUCACCUGCUCUGAGUGUGGGAAGGGAUUCACUAGGACAGCCAAUCUUCUGAAACAUCAGCGAUUUCACACUGAGGAGAGACCAUUCACCUGCUCGGAGUGUGGGAAAGGAUUUACUCAGUCAUCCACCUUGCUGACACACCAGCAAGUUCACAUGAUUGAAAGACCUUUUGAAUGUCCAGACUGUGGAAAGUGCUUUAAAAUUUCUGGGGAGCUGAUGCGACAUCAACGUGUUCACACCGAUGAGAGACCAUUUAGAUGUUCUCAAUGUGGGACUGGCUUCAAACAAUCAUCUCAACUCAGUAUGCACAGGAGGAUUCACACUGGGGAGAGGCCAUUCACCUGCUCUGAGUGUGGGAAGGGGUUCACUCGAUCGUCCCACCUGAUGAUGCACCAGCAAGUUCACACUGGGGAGAGGCCAUUCACUUGCUCCAAGUGUGGGAAGAGAUUCACUCAUUCAUCCAACCUGCGGAGACACCAGCGCGUUCACACAGGGGAGAAACCCUUUACCUGCUCUGAGUGUGGGAAAGGAUUCACUCGGUCAUCCAACCUUCUGACCCACCAGCGAGUUCAUGAGUAACUGCAGUGAUUGCAGUUAAUCACAACCAUGUUCAUCAAGGGUAUUCAGAAGGUGAAAAAUGCAUCACAUCAAAAUCUGACAGAGCCAUUCAGUUAAUCAGAAUCUGAAUAUUAUUGGCCUCUGAAGACACAUCAUCUGUAAGAAAAGAUUUAAACAUCAGUGUGACAGUAAAAGAUCUGAGACACACACACACACCUGAAGGAGAGUGUUCCAGUGAAUGGACGGUGGGAAGAGCAUUAACCGGCUGCUUGGCAUGAAAAAUAAUUACACCAUCCACAACAGGGAGAGACCAUCAAUGUGUUCUGUCUUUCAAGAUCAAUUUCAGUCAAUCAUUGAACCUGGAGUGAAUUAAGGACACUGACACUAUGGAGAAACCAUGGAAAUGUGGGGACUGUGGGAAGGGAUUCAGUUACCCAUCAGGGUUGGAAACCCAUCAACGCAGUCACACUGGGGAGAGGCCAUUCAGCUGCACUGUGUGUGGGAAAGGAUUCACUCAGUCAUCCAGCCUCUAUACACACCAGCACGUUCACACUGGGGAGAAGCCAUUCACCUGCUCUGUGUGUGGGCAGGGAUUUAAUGCUUUAUCAACCCUCCGGACCCACGAGCAGGUUCACUCUGAUGAGAGACCAUUUAAAUGUUCUGACUGUGAGAAGAGUUUUAAAAGCAGAAAGGAUAUAUUGAUACAUCAACGCAGUCACACUGGGGAGAGACCGUUCAUCUGUAAAGUGUGUGGGAAAGGGUUCACUCAGUCAUCCCACCUCUUGACACACCAACUUGUUCACACUGAUGAGAGACCUUUUAAAUGUUCUGACUGUGAGAAGAGCUUUAAAAGUAAAAAGGAUUUACUGAACCACCAACGCGCUUUAACUGGGGAGAGACCGUUCAUCUGCUCAGUUUGUGGGAAGGGAUUCACUAAUUCAUCCUACCUUCUGACACAUCAAUUUGUUCACACUGAUGAGAGACCUUUUGAAUGUCCCGACUGUGAGAAGAAAUUCAAAUGCAGAAAGCAUUUGCUUAAACACCAGUACACCCACACUGGAGAGAGGCCAUUCUCCUGCUCUAUCUGUGGGAAAGGAUUCACUCGAUUAUCCCACUUGCUGAGACACCAUCGAGUUCACACAGGGGAGAGGCCAUUCUCGUGUGCUGACUGCAAACAGGAAUUUGUUGACUCAUCUGACCUUGUGAUCCACCAGCGAGUUCACAGUGGGGAGAGACCAUACACCUGCUCGUUGUGUGGCAAGAAAUUUACUCAGUCAUCCCACCUCACAACACACCAACUUGUUCACACUGAUGAGAGACCCUUUCAAUGCUCUGACUGCGAGAAGAGGUUUAAAAGUAAACAGAAUCUGAUGAAACAUCAACAAAUUCACAAUGGGGAGGGACCAUUCAUCUGCUCCGUGUGCAGGAAAGGAUUUGCUCAAUCACACAACCUCCUGAGACACCAGCAACUUCACCUGCAAGAGCAGCAAUUAUAUACUGCUGUUAUUGCUGAUGUUAACUGCAUCCAGAAAUGAACCUGGUCUGGCUGCUGAUUUCCAAUGGGAUUCCACAGUUUUGUGGUAUAUAUCAAGGAUUUAGACUUCGAUGUAGAGCCCAUGAUGAAUAAAUUUGUAACUAUCACAGAUGUUGGUCAGGUGUUGGUUAAUGAGGAAGAAAGCUGCAGACUGCGUGAUGUCAAUGGAUGACUCAAACAGGUAGAAACAUGGCCAAUGGGAUUCAUUCUGGAGAUAACGAAUCUAAAAGGGCAGGGGGCCAACAGGGCAAAGUAAAUGCUGAAUAAUUGCUGGGCACUGAGGAGUAGAGAGUGCUUCCUCUGAGUGACCUCCACAAAUCUGUGAAGGUGGCUGGACUGUUAGUUACAGAGGUCAGUAGGGCAUUUGAAUCAUUCCAGAAGAUAAGACCACGGAGGUAAUAUUGGAACUUUAGUAAACACUAGUUAGAGCACAGCUGGAGUAGUAAGGGUAGUUCUUGUCCUUACAUUAACCAACAAGAAAUUAAGACUAGAUUAAUUAUCAUAAAACUGAAGUCAAUUUAUUUAUAUAAUUACAGUCAGUGUUGAAUGCAACAAGUAUAGCUGAUAAAGAUAAAGCUAACCUACAAGCGAUUAUAACAGUGAGAAUAGCUGAACUUUCUCAGCAAAUUAAAAUCUGUGUUUCAAUAAUAAUAAUUAAGAAAAACAUUUUGGUUACCUUCCUAUAAAAUAAGGUGACUUCUGUGUAAUUGAUUGGUGAAUAGCUGAUUAAACCUUUCUUUAUUUUAAUCUGAAAUUUAUUUAGAAUUAGUUAAGAAGUAAACACAUGGUAAAGAAUCCCAGUGCCAUGGACUGCACAUUAAUUUCCAUGUGGGAAAGUCAGGAUAGUUAGUGAUAGGUUGCAUAUUUAACUUAGUUCCAAAUUUCUGUCUUUUUCCCGUUCCUUUUUCAGUAGAUUCGCAUGCCCGCACCAUGAUAAGAGAGUUACCUUAUAAGCACGAAUCUGUUAGUACUGAUCAGGUUUACUAAACUGGACUGGUCCCAUUUGCCUAUAACUUUCCCAUCCAUGUACUUGUCCAGAUAUAUUUUAAAUGAUGUAUUUCUGCCCACCUCUACCACUACCUCUGGCAGCUCAUUCCAUACACUCACCACCCUCUGUGUGAAAGGUUGCCCCUCCGGACAAUGUUCCAUCUUUCUCCUCUCAACUCUUAGCCUCUAGUUCUGAACUCCUCUACACUGGGGAAAAAGACCUUCGCUAUUCACCUGAUCUCUGUCCCACAUGAUUUUAUAAACCUCUGUAAUGUCAUCCCCUCAGCUUCUUAUACUUCAACGAAAUAUGUCCAUGUGAUCUAACCUCUUCUUAUAAUUCAAACCUUCCAACCUAGCUAACAUCCGAGCAAAUCGCUUUUGCACCCUUUGCAGGUUAAUAACAUCCUUUCCAUGCCAGGGUGACCAGAAUUGUAUGCAGUACUCCAAAUUUGGCCUCACCAAUGUCUUCUAUAGCUGUACUGUGGCAUGCCAACUCGUGUACUCGGUUCUCUGACCAGUGAAGCUAAGCAUGCCAAAUACCUUCUUCAUCUCUCUGUGAUGCCAGGGACACAAUGCUUGUGAUGGACGAUAACACUCAUUUGACCACAGCUAAAGCAUUGCACUUAGUUCUGGUCCCCAUAUUCCAGGAUAGAUGUCAUCACACCAGACACAGGCAGUGGAGAUUGAUGAGGAUUUUUCCAGGGUUGAAGAAUUUUAGGUCAGAGGAAAGAUUUGACAGGCUGGGGUUAUUUUCUGUGGAAAAUGAGACCGAAGUGAUAUUUAAUUGAAGCGAUAAGAUUAUGAGGAUUCCAUAUAGAGUAGAAAGGAUUGAGCUAUUCAUUAACAAGGAGGUCAGUACCUGGAGGCUUUAGAUUUAAAGUAAUUCACAGGAAGAGGGGGAGGGGAGAAAUCAUUUCACCCAGAGAUGGUGGCAAGUUGGAACUCUGUACAUCUCUACGACUCUAUAACUCACUGUGUGAUGGGGUGGUAGAGGCAGUAACCCUCAACAUACUUUAAAAAAACACACACAUGGAUAUGCAUGAAAUGUAAAAUGUACAGGGCUGUGGACUAUGAUCUGCAGAAUGGGAUCAGCCUGGAUAGUUGUCUUUCAGCCACACAAACAUGAUGGGCCAAAUGGCCUCGAUCUGUGCUGUACCUUUUGUAUGUUUAUAUUCUAACCUUUUGGUGUUUGUUUCUGAUGAUGUUAAUAGCCCCUUAUAUUGGACUAGAAUAUUCUGGAGAAAUAUCAAAUAAAGUAGCUUUGGUUCAAAAACGUCAUUGUCGGUUAUUGUAUUUCUCCCCUCAGUGUUUAACAUCACCUGGAGCUCAGAAAAGACAAUCUGCGGGAGGAUCGUAUGGUAACAACAGAACUUCAGCCUGGACACAUCCUUCAGGAUCAUGCUGUGGGGGACAAAUGGUGCUUCAAUAUUUAUUGUUUCUUUUCAUUGACAGCAAAGCGCUGGUGUGAGUUAGUCCUGUGGUGUGUGAGAAAUGUAUCC